AUGGCUUUGACCUUGAAGAGCUCCAACGGGAUGGACGGGCCUGCCCAACUUGUUGUGGCCCAGCCCAUCGAGCCCUCCCAAGACUUAGACGAGCUCAUAAAAUUCCGCGACAUCUUUGACGAGAACAUGCCGUCGUCCAGGAAGCCGAUCAGGCAUGAUUCGACAUCGGUGCUCUUGCUCUCGUGGGACUGUGAGGAGGAAGGGUUCACGGACUUCGAUGUUCGUGAAGAGGUCGGGCAGCUUGAGGAUGUCUUCCGAAACGAUUACGGCUUUAACGUCGAGAGACAAGUCAUCAAGAACGGUGCGAGCCCUCAACUCCAGAUGCAAAUGUACCUGGCCACUUUCGUCCUCCAGCACGGCAAGAACCACGCGCUGCUCAUUGUGUACUAUGCCGGCCACGGUUGGCAUAGUAGCGAUAGAGAGAGGAGCCGUGACUUGGGUAGGCCGGGCUUCGAUCUUCACCCGAGGCAGCUAGAAUUCCGUGAGGAGCCGAACCCUGACAACCUUGUGAUGUGGGAAGUAGCUGAAGCCACUCUCUACCAAGUCAAGUGCGAUGUUUUGGUCAUCUUUGACUGCUGCGACGCUGGCUCUCUUCAAUUCCGAUCUGCUUCUCGCGCUUUUGAGUACCUCGGAGCCUGCGACAAAGGAAAAUAUACGCACCGACAGUCCGAGAGGUCGUUCACGUCAGGCAUGACAUGGGCACUGAAGAAAUUGCGAUCAGAGCCUUUCUUCACUACCGCGACUUUACGCGACAAGAUAAAGGAGUGGAAGCACUUCCCUUCAGGACAACAACCAGUCCUGUUCGCGCGGUUCGACUUGCCCGAACACAUCUGGAUCUCGAGUAUGCGGAAGGAUGUAACGCCAACACCGAAGCGACGGCGGUCUAGCACAGCCCCGGAAUCUCCAGAGCUCAGGGACGAGAAUUGCGACUUUGUGGAUUUUCGCGUCUUCUUCAAUAAGCACUUAACCAGUGAGGACGCGAAGCUUGUUGCGAACUUGAUGAGCCCAGUAGUGAACAGCAGGAAGCCGCCCCUCAAUGCGAGGCAUGUUUCAGUCUUGAACAAGAGCACCUGCCAGUCUCGGAGAACGUUGGGGGCGCACUGGCGCAGAGCCAAGAGGCUUGUGCUCGCGCAAAGAUUUGUGAAGCAGCUCAGUCAAGACGAGGGCAUCGAUGACUCAGGGCCGAGAAAGAGACCGAGAGACUCAUUCGAGGGCGACGAUGAGGAGGCCUUUCCAGGCGGUGGAAUAAUAGACAUGGUCCAACGUCCAGUGACACCCAUAAGCGAAGCUCGCGAUUCCGGUACGGAAGCGCCGCCCACGUUACGCAUCGAAACGGGUAUACAAUCACCACCGAAAAAACGAGUACGACAUGAUCCUGUCGACGUUGGCGAAGCCUUGAUAAGGGAUUUGGAGAGUCUGGAACAGAAUGCUCGCCUUAGGCCAGACUUGCACGGAGUCCUGCUGCCACGUAUUCGGACGAUGAAAGCUGCGCUUCAAGAAAGUGAGUAG